CGUCUUCCCAGAGAAUAAAACAUGAAGGGGAAACUAUUGCGAGGUGUCCUCUCUGAGGUUUCCAUCCGAACUCUGCUUUUGUUUGUGUUUCUCCUUACCGAGAAGCUACCUCCUUUUAUCCGUGAAAUUCAGCCUGAGGAGAUGUGGUUGUAUAAGUACCAUCGUGUGGGCAGAGACCAUGUACCCACAACUCUCAUGUUUAGUGUGGCGUGUUUCACUCCGAUGAUCGUGAUCCUCCUCUUCACCAUCCUGCAGAGGAAGGAGAAAGGGGACUUGAAGGAAGCCUUCCUUGCUGUGACUCUAACGCUGGUGUUGAAUGGAGUUUUUACAAAUGCCAUUAAGCUGGUGGUUGGCAGGCCGCGACCAGACUUCUUCUACCGCUGCUUCCCAGAUGGGCAGAUGAACCUGGAGAUGCAGUGCAGCGGUGACCCAGAUACCGUGAUCGAAGGCCGGAAGAGCUUCCCCAGCGGCCAUUCAUCCUUUGCCUUUGCAGGGUUGGGUUUCACGGCCUUGUACAUCGGGGGGAAACUGCGGUGCUUCAACAAAGGGGGCCAAGGCAGAGCGUGGCGACUGUGUGCCUUCCUCACCCCUUUACUGCUGGCCAGCCUGAUCGCUCUCUCCAGGACCUGUGACUUCAAGCACCACUGGCAGGAUGUGCUGGUGGGCUCUUUACUGGGCCUUUCAUUCGCCUGGCUGUGCUACAGGCAGCACUACCCGUCCCUCCAGGACCAGGACAGCCACAGGCCCCUGUGUCACAGGGAGACGUUGCCCGCCGCACAAGAGCGCAAGCUGGCAAACUCAAAUUACUUACUGCCCCUAUAACCUGGCCUGGACUGGACUUAAAUGGACAAUUUUCAAAGGAUUAGUUUAGGAUUACACCCACAUUUACAUUCACCUUGUGACUUGUGCAUCUAUUUAAACAAAUAUAUACUGUAUAUUAUUUGUUGCACCUGAUCAAUUAGUUGAGCUGAUCAGCUCAAACGAUUCUAGAAUUAGUUCAAUGCCAUUUUAGUUCUCGCUUUGGUCUUCUCAAAAGGCUGCCAACUCCACUAAACAGUGUAUUUAAAGCUAUUUCUAUGGAUGCAGGGUUGAAAUACAACUUUUAUGAUUGGAAUGGGGAGAAUGUUGAAUUUCACUAUCAAGUCAAUAUCUGAGGUUUUCAUUGGGGCAAUUCAUCUCCAAAACGAAUGAUGUUAGUUAAAGUUUAUUGCUAUGUCUUUUACCAACAAAUGGUAUUGUAUCAUUACACUUCUGUUUUUGAAAUACCCUACUUUUCUGUCUACAACGCACAUUUUGAAUGUUACCUUGAAAUUUACAACAUCUGAAUACGUUAUCAAAAGACAUGUACAAUGGUUUAUUUAGGACAUAGCUUGACCCCUAUAUCACUUGCUGUCGUUGUUUAAGGAACUUUUGUUAAAUGCUCUGUGGUGGAAUGUUCACACAAAGCGACUUUCAAAGUUGGUUAGACUGUAAUUUGGUUAAGCGAGGGCCAGAAAAUGAAUAGCAUACCUGUAUUAUCAAUCAUCUCAGUCAUUGGUCUUCUAUACUGUUCUACACCUGUAAUCUUGCCUCGCAGAUAUAUUGUAAUGAGGUGUAACUGUAAAUAGUACAUUUUGGUUUUUAGUUGGUUGGAGAGAACGUACUGACAUUGGAAAAUACCUUCUCACAAUCCUGUGUGGGGUAGCGCUUCCUAAAGCCCUACCAUUUCCAGGGAACUGGUGCUAGACCCAAAGCAAUUCUGCUGGGGGUUUCCAUUCACCAUACCAAUAUCAUUUGGCUGGCGGUGUUUGGAAAGUGUGAGCACCUCAGUCCAUAGCCAAACAGGGUUAAGGUUUUUAGUCUUCUUUGUAAUCUAUUUUUUGUCCAUUAGGCUGGUUUUGUAGAACUUAAAAUGACCAGUUGUAGCUAUUGGAGCAGAGGUUCUUAUGACAUCAUGUUUUAUUCAUGUGAAACAAUGUGAAACAAGCUUAAGUUAUGAUGGGUUGAAGCAUUUUGCUCUGGCCCAAUUUUUGGACCAAAACUAAUUUGUGCCUUUAUUUCCUACAUUAUUUUAUAGUUUUUUGUAAAAAGCUAACAUCGCACAAAGGAAAGCAUUGUUUGUCAAACAUAGAAAGUAGUAGCAAAAUUAUGAUUACAUGUAAUUGUUUUUCGUUUAUACUCAGACAAGCUCCAACAAAAAAUUGUGAAAUUUUUGACCGGUACUUGGUCUUUCUUUUUAUUAAAGAAAAGGUAUAAUAUACGACAAAAUAUGACGUUUUUCAUUACGAUAUGAUUGUUGGAGUUUACAGGGAAAUAGGUUUUCUUUAAUUUAUUUUGUGAAUCUUUCAUUGCUUUAUUUAUUUUUAGUAUGUGGGAAUUUACUUGAGAUUAAAUACAUGUUUAGGCUGUGUUUGCGGUUAUUAUAUUAAUUAUAAUGCUUGCACUUAACUCAUCUUAAUUACAAUUUUGCACGUCCAAUUACUAUUUAAUAAAAUGGUUUCUUCACUUUGGUUUGCCAAUGCGAUUUCUCCGUGAAAUAUCUUAAGAUAAAGACCUGGGACAGUCCCUUGCAAUCAUGUUGGAGAGCUGAAAAUAACUGUUUUUGGCAUGCUGAGCAUUUGUAGGCGAAAGCAUCUGCUUACCGGGUUUUUAUUUUAUUUGUAUGAAUCUUUCGGUGAAUGGUUUCUAAAUAAAGUGUGUCA